GCGCGUCACUUCCGGGCGACGGCUGCCGUCGGGCCGCGGGUCGGCAUGGCGCGCCCGCAGCUCCUGGUGCUCUUCGGCAGCCAGACGGGCACGGCGCAGGAUGCGGCGGAGAGGCUCGGCCGCGAGGCGCGGCGCCGCGGGUUGUGCUGCCGCGUGCAAGCGCUGGACGCGUACCCGGUGGCGAACCUGAUCCACGAGCCCCUCGCGAUCUUCGUUUGUGCCACCACAGGUCAGGGAGACCCGCCGGACAACAUGAAGAGUUUCUGGCGGUUCAUAUUCCGGAAGCAGCUGCCGCACACUUCCCUCUGCCAGCUGGACUUUGCCGUCCUGGGCCUCGGGGACUCCUCCUACGCCAAGUUCAACUUUGUGGCCAAGAAGCUGCACCGCCGGUUGCUGCAGCUAGGUGGCAGUGCCCUGCUGCCUGCCUGCCUGGGGGACGACCAGCACGAGCUGGGGCCUGAUGCUGCCAUGGACCCCUGGCUGCACGACCUAUGGGGGAAGGUCCUGCCGCUACUGCCUGUGCCGCCCGGCCUCGCUGUGAUCCCCCCUGGAGUCCCCCUUCCCGCCAGGUUCACCCUGCAGUUCCUGCAGGAGUCCCCCAGCAGGAACCCAGAGGAGCCACGCGUGGCUGGGCCAGACCCUCGGGGAGCCCCUACGGAGGCACGGCCCUUCCUGGCCUCCGUCGUCAGCAACCAGCGGGUGACCAGCCCCACGCACUUCCAGGACGUUCGCCUGAUAGAGUUUGACAUAACAGGCUCUGGCAUCAGCUACGCUGCCGGCGAUGUGGUGCUGAUCCAGCCAGCCAAUGCCACCCAGCACGUCCAGCAGUUCUGCCAAGUGCUGGGCCUGGACCCCGACCGGCACUUCCUGCUGCAGCCACAGGAGCCAGAUGCCCCCAGCCUCGUGGGACUGCCCCAACCCUGCUCUGUCAGGCACCUGGUGUCACAGUACCUGGACAUUGCCAGCGUGCCCCGUCGCUCCUUCUUCGAGCUACUGGCCUGCCUCUCACCCCAUGAGCUGGAGCGGGAGAAACUGAUGGAGCUGGCGUCAGGGCCCGGGCAGGAAGAGCUGCAUGAAUAUUGCACGCGGCCCCGUAGGACAGUGCUGGAGGUGUUGUGUGACUUCCCGCACACUGCGGCCGCUGUCCCUCCGGACUACCUGCUGGACCUCAUUCCGCCCAUCCGGCCCCGGGCCUUUUCCAUUGCCUCCUCCCUGCUGGUACACCCCUCGCGGCUACAGAUCUUGGUGGCCGUGGUGCAGUACCGGACCCGCCUCAAGGAGCCACGCCGCGGCCUCUGCUCGUCCUGGCUGGCUUCCCUGGACCCUGCGCAAGGACCUGUCCAGGUGCCCCUGUGGGUGCGACCCGGAAGCCUGGCCUUCCCCGACACGCCGGACACGCCUGUGAUCAUGGUCGGGGCAGGCACUGGCGUGGCCCCCUUCCGAGCCGCAGUGCAGGAGCGUGUGGCCCAGGGCCGGACCGGGAACUAUUUAUUUUUCGGCUGUCGCCGGCGGGACCAAGACUUCUACUGGGAGGCAGAGUGGCAGCUCCUGGAGGCGCGCGGCUACCUGGAGCUGGUCACGGCCUUCUCCCGGGAACAGGAGUACAAGGUGUACGUGCAGCACCGUCUUAAGGAGCAGGGGCCACUCCUGUGGGAGCUGCUAGACCGCCGCGGGGCCUACCUCUACCUGGCAGGCAACGCCAAGCACCUGCCAGCAGAGGUCUCUGAGGCCGUCACAGCCAUCCUGCAGCGUGAGGGCGGGCUCUCCAGCCCCGAGGCCGCCGCCUACCUGGCCAGGCUGGAGCGGACCAGGCGCUUCCAGACUGAGACGUGGGCCUGACCCCGCCUGGCCCUGCAGCCUCAUGUGACCUGAGGCCAGCCCUCACACAGCCAUACCUUGU